AGCUGGGACUCAGUGUGAUAAUGUGACAGGCUCGCGAGCGCAAGAAGAGCAGGUCUGUAACAGAGGACCGAAUGCCAAUCUGACUGAGAGAGCGCCUUUAUUGCGCGUGAGAGACGGGAGGGACAGACGUUUCUAGAGCUGCACGCGUACACAGACAGACAAGACACAGAAAGCUCUGGGGAACUCGGGGAAAGGGUGCAUUUUCACCGUCUCAAGAGGAAGUUAAGGACAAAUCUCUCGCUGAAAUAACUCUUAAAAGGGGCACUGGGUACGCGGGAGUCACCUCUACGACUAACUUGUGGGAUUUAUCGGGAAUUGUUUCUGAAAGGAGACCUGGCUUCCCUCUCCACGCGUUUAGAUUUCAUUUUGUUCAUUUAAUUUCAGUUCAUCAGCUGCACUCAACAACUGUCAUCUCCCGAACUGCCGAUUGCAGCAGAGGAUUGUGCGUAAAGACGCAGACAGCCGCCUUUUCCGCGGGCACUCGCCUUCUUCACUUGAGUUGUUAUAUCCUUAUUUAUUAUUUAUAGUCGAGCCUUUAUUUAUUUUGGCACUGUUCUGGGGCGUCGGUGGUGAUUUCUGUGGAAUAUGGUGGGGGAAAUGGAAACGAAAGAGAAGCCGAAGCCGACCCCAGAUUAUCUGAUGCAGCUCAUGAACGAUAAGAAACUGAUGAGCAGUCUGCCCAACUUCUGCGGGAUCUUCAACCACCUCGAACGGCUUCUCGACGAAGAGAUCAGCAGGGUACGAAAGGACAUGUACAAUGACACUUUAAACGGCAGCACGGAGAAGAGAAGCUCCGAGCUCCCGGACGCCGUCGGCCCCAUCGUUCAGCUCCAAGAGAAACUCUAUGUGCCUGUUAAAGAAUAUCCUGACUUUAAUUUUGUGGGCCGUAUCUUGGGCCCGCGGGGACUCACAGCCAAACAGCUGGAGGCAGAGACAGGAUGUAAGAUCAUGGUGAGAGGGAAAGGCUCCAUGAGGGACAAAAAGAAGGAGGAACAAAACCGAGGUAAACCCAACUGGGAGCAUCUGAAUGAAGACCUUCAUGUGCUCAUCACUGUGGAGGACGCCCAGAACCGGGCUGAGAUUAAGCUCAAGCGUGCAGUAGAGGAGGUUAACAAGCUGCUCGUGCCUGCGGCUGAAGGCGAGGACAGUCUGAAGAAGAUGCAGCUGAUGGAACUGGCCAUUCUCAACGGCACCUACAGGGACGCCAAUAUCAAAUCACCUGCCCUUGCAUUCUCUCUUGCAGCGAGCGCCCAGGCGCCACGGAUCAUCACUGGCCCAGCACCUGUCCUGCCUCCCACCGCCUUACGCACACCCACGCCUGCAGGGCCCACCAUCAUGCCCCUAAUCCGCCAGAUCCAGACUGUCAUGCCCAAUGGCUCGGCCCACCCAGCAGCUGCUACCCUAGUACAGCCCGGUCCAGAGUCAGGCCUGAUUUACGCGACGCCCUAUGAUUACCCCUACACACUGGCCCCCGCCACCUCCAUUCUGGAGUAUCCCAUCGACUCCAGCGGGGUUUUAGGGUUGCCGAUCAACUUCUCAACUUAUCUCAACUCAUCUCAACAUCUCAACGAAACUCAUGCAUGGUCAGACUUUGGGGUCAGAAGUAGGGUUGUGCCAGUAGACGAUGCCAUCGUCCAUCACCGAUGGCUGACAGGCAUGACGAUGUUGAGCCGGCAUCGUGAUUCCGAACCCUGGUUUGACUGGCGUUAAGCACUUGGUGUCAUGUUUGCUAAAUAUCUUGAGAUGGAGUGCAUCCUCAAAGGCCGAAGAGCUGCCCCUCUACCUGGGCUUUCAGACCUGUCACAUUCCCAUCACAGUCCAGCGCGGAGAGCCAACCGGUCGGCCUCCCUUUUAAACUGCCCCAUCUCUCCCCCGCCCCCUCUGACAAGCCCCUCCCACUCACACCGCAGACACGCCCCCUGUCCCGCCUCCCUAUUAUCGGACUGGUCUGGACUCCCCAGCCUCUUUCUGUUUCUUUAAAUGAUGGUUUUUGUUUUUCAGUUUUUUUGGUUUUGUACUUUUGUUCUGAUCUGUAAUGUGAUGUUUUAGUUUUUUAUGUGUACAAUGAUGAGGGAGACAAAGCACUGAGCCCCAAACUGCUGCACAAGUCUUUCUGAAUUACAACAUGAGGAAGGUGAGGGGACAGUGGGGCUCAAAUGGAGGCUGCUUAAAUUGGGAAGGAAGCUGUUUGAGACGGGACAACUGUUGAAAGCCAGGCUGUUUAUCGAGCACUUUUAGGGCAGUUGAAUGCACUAUGGUGGGGCAGUUUGGCUUAAAAUCUAAAAUGACGUAGUCAAUCAAACAGUGUGUAUUGCCUUGGAGUUAUCAACGCCUAGCGUAGUUUACCCCAUAAUUGAAAGAAAAUACAAGAAACAUGUUUG